GUGGUGGGAUAUGCCCCACGCUCAACUCGUCCAAACCACCCAACAUGCAGGCACGUGAGCCACGACCUGAAGCUGAGGAGUGUAAACUCAAGGCGGCCGUCACCAACGCUGACGGGAGGACGUGUCCGCAGGUGAUAAGCGGUCUUGGUCUGAAAGGUCCUACAUGGACACGAUUGCGAACCCGGCGGCCUGUUGAUGGUUAGACCACCGAGCAUUCCUUGGAGCAUUUGGGGUACGAGACAGCCACGCUGAAGCGGGCACUUUUGGCUCAUGCUGCGGGCUGUCCGACACUUUUCUCCCCCACCUCCACAGCCAGCGCUCACCUUGUCCCUCGUGCCGCGUGCCAAGUCGCUCAGCCUUCGCAUAACCUACCUACCUACCUAUCUAUCUGAAUUGCAUAUCCUCUCGUCGCUUCUUCAUCGCCGUAUGUGCUCUGACUCUGUCCUGAAUUAUUCGUCCCGUCCUCCUCCUUGCUCUGGACACGACCGACCCCCGCUAGGACACCCAGCGCCGGCCCGCCGUCGCCCAACAUGGAGGACACCGCGGCGACCAAUUCCACCAUCAAGACUCGGCACCACUACGCGCCGCCAUGGGCCGACGUGAGCAUUAUCGGGAUUGCGGGCAGCUCGGGCUCGGGCAAGUCGAGCGUGUCGGAUGCGAUUGUCAAGAAGCUGAACCUGCCCUGGGUUGUGAUCCUGUCCAUGGAUUCCUACUACAAGACGCCGAGCGAAGAGGCCCUGAAGAAGGCGUUCGCAAACGAGUACGACUUUGACGCUCCCGAUGCGAUUGAUUUCGAUGCUCUUGUCCACUCUCUACGUGAUCUCAAGGCCGGUAAACGGGCAGAAAUACCCGUCUACUCCUUCCAGCAACACCGGCGACUCGAACAGACCACGCCGAUAUACUCCCCUCAUGUUCUGAUCUUGGAAGGCAUCUUCGCACUGUACGACCCCAGGGUUCUGGAGCUGAUGGAUAUGAAGGUAUUCUGCGAGGAAGACGCAGAUGUUUGCCUCAGUCGACGAGUUAUCCGGGACGUCAGGGAUCGAGGCAGAGAUGUCGAGGGAAUUCUCAAGCAGUGGCUGAGCUUCGUGAAGCCCAACUUUGAGAAGUUUGUCGAUCCGCAACGUAAAGUGGCAGACAUCAUUCUUCCAAGAGGCAUCGAGAACACAGUCGCCAUCACCGUGGUGGUCCAGUAUGUCGAGCAGAAGCUCUUGGAGAAAUCCAAGCAGCACCGCGCUGCCCUGACUAGACUCGAGCUCGAGUCCCAAGCGUCACCACUCUCAGACAGAGUUGUGUUUCUCGAACAGACUCCGCAGAUGCGUGGCAUGGACACCAUCCUGCACGACAUCGAUACACCGAGCGAGGAGUUCAUCUUCUACUUUGACCGCAUAUCGACUCUGCUGAUCGAGCGCGCCCUCGAAAACGUCAUGUUCCAAGAGGCCAGCGUCACCACGCCGCAGGGCCACACGUACCGGGGCCUCCGGGCGCGGGGCGACGUGAGCGCCAUCGUGCUGGAGCGCGGCGGCGCGGCGCUCGAGACGGGCCUGAAGCGCGUCAUCCCGGACUGCCGGAUGGGCCACGUCGUCAUCGAGUCCAACGUGCGCACGGGGGAGCCCGAGCUCAAGUACCAGAAGCUGCCGCGCGACAUCGACUCGCGCUGCAGCAACGUGCUGCUGCUCGACGCCCACAUGUCGUCGGGCGGCUCCGCCCUCAUGGCCGUCCAGGUCCUGCUCGACCACGGCGUGCCCCAGGACCGCAUCGUGCUCGCCACCUACUCGGCCGGCCGCAUGGGCCUGCACCGCCUGACGACCGUGUUCCCCGACAUCACCGUGGUCGUGUGCAAGCUAGUGAAUGACAUUGAGGAGAGGUGGAUCGAGAAGAGGUAUUUCAGGUGCUGAAGGGCAGCUGUGGAAACUUCCGGGGGCAAAUGCGUAGCCAAUGGUAUUUCUAAGAAUGACCUCUCAUGAGCAAGGGGCACAGGACGCGAAAUUGCAACGCUCGGGGGACCAGAAAGUGAUGGUAAAAGUACAGGUAGGACUCUGGCUCUAGCAUACGGAUAGCACAGGUCUCUUUCUAGGUUCCUGAGUCUCCGAUCUUAGUCAUUCCACCAUCUCGAAAAGCUUCUCUGAGCGGCUUGGAUGGCGGCCAUCCACGUUCUCAUGAUAUGUGUAACAUUAGUAGGCCAUCAGGUCUGUUUGAUUGGUUAGCCAAUGCUCUCGAAGCACGCAUUUCGUAAAGACUGAUUCUGCGGCACUCAGAAAACUUACCACGGCCAAACAGGCCACGCUUGAGCCAGUCCAUGGCCAAGAGCAGUCGGGUCCGGAAACUGACACUUUGGGAAAAGUAUAUACUGCGCCACGCGUACAUAGCCCAGACCCCGCCCGCGAGGCUCCAACCGUCGCCCAAAUC